UUGGUCAAACAAGGGUUCUAAAGGAAAGGCGAAGUCGAGGAAACCAUGAAUCGUUUAACCACCAAGCAGAUCUUACAGGAGAAGCAGAGCGGCGACCCUAACUCUGUUGCUGUUCUUCUCCUUCAUCACAAAGCUCUCUCUGAUGUUUCUUGUUUGAACGACUUCAAGAGCUUGGAGAGACUCGACUUAGGUUUCAAUAAUCUUUCAUCUCUUGAGGGUUUAAGGUCGUGCGUCAAUUUAAAGUGGCUGUCAGUCUUACAGAACAAGCUCCAAAGCUUGAAAGGAAUUGAAGGCCUUUCUAAGCUUAUGGUCUUAAAUGCUGGCAAGAAUAAGUUGAAAGCAAUGGAUGAGGUCAGGUCUCUCAUCAGCUUACGAGCCCUGAUUCUGAAUGAUAAUGACAUAGCUUCCAUUUGCAAGCUUGAUGGACUAAAGGACUUGAACACUCUUGUUCUUUCUAGAAAUCCAAUUUGUGAAAUUGGUAACUCCUUGGUCAAUCUGAAAUCAAUCACAAAGCUGUCACUCUCCAAUUGCCAACUUCAAACCGUUGGGUCUUCCCUAAAUUCAUGUGUGGAUUUGAGAGAGGUCCGACUUGCUCACAAUGGAAUCACGACUCUCCCAGCUGCUAUGGCUCAUAACAUAAAGAUCCGAAACCUUGAUUUGGGGAACAAUUCGAUUAUCAGCUGGUCAGACUUGCAGGUACUUUCUUCUUUAAGCAACCUGAAAAAUCUGAAUCUGCAAGGAAACCCAGUUGCAGAAAGGGAUAAGUUAGCAAAAAAGGUCAAAAAAUUAGUGCCAAACUUGCAGAUAUUCAAUGGCAGGCCUAUAGAAAGAAGCAAUAAAGCUCUCAAUCAAGAUCUUGAGGGUCAUAAAAUUCAUAGAUCUCAUAUUGAUAAUACUUCUGAUCUGGAAGACCUGAAGGCGGAGAAGAGAGAAAACCCUAGGGAAAAUAAGAACAUCGUCUCUGGCAGUAGCAAGGAUGACAUUACAUUUGAUAAUCAAGUAAAAAGAAAAUCAAAGAUAGAAAAGAAUAAAAUUGACAUGAUAGACGUGGGGAAAGUAGGAAAGCUGAAGAGGCUGACAACAAAGGAGGAGAAAAUUGUUUCAGGCAGUAGCAAGAGAAAAUCAAAAGCAGAAAAGAGUGAUCUUGAUGUGAUAGAUGAUGGUGAAACUCCAUUCAUGGAGCUUAUUGUCUCUGGUAGUGCUGAGAAUCUUAUGGAUGGUGAUGGCAAGAAAAAUAAAUACAUUCAAGAUGUCAAAUAUCUUGAUGGUUUAGCAAAAUUCCCUCCUAAGAGGAAGAAAUCAGGAAAGUGCCUAGGUGUGGGUCGUUCUGCAAUGCAAUUGUUGUCACCUGCCACUGAAGUUGGAAUGGGUGGGCCAUCAGCAUGGGAUGCAUAAUAUUGGAAGGAAUGUUACUUCUCUGAUGCUCUAGUGAUGCAGGCUUCUGGCGGCUAUCUCUCACAUAACCAGUCCCAAAAUUCUCAGUUUUGAAGUGUUGAACCUCUAUUACUCUUUUACUAAUCGAGCGCGAUAUGACAUGUUUCUCUAAAAACUUUGGUUUCUUUCUUUUUCCCCCUCUUAUCAGUUAUGGAAGACAAUAUUUCAGAAGGUAAUUCUGAAGAUGAGAAGUCACUAGUGCGACGAGUAUGUGGUCAAGGGCAAGAAAUUCCAUGAGAUGGGUUUCCUGC